UCUAUUUAUUCCCUAGAAAAAUUGUUAUGAGUGUUUUUAUCCAUCAUCUUGUUAAUUUUUACGACCGUGUAAAAAGAAAUCCUAGAGAUUAAUUGCUACGAACGUAAAAGAAACUUCCGAAAGUAUUUUAUUCUUUAUUCCCUUUCUUCCUCAACAAAAGCGCAAGUAUAAAAGGUUUCUCUUGUUGGGGGUACAAACGUCUUCUUCGUCAUCUGUUACGUGCAAAGGGUAAUCCUUAACUCCACAGGAAAGUGGUUGCUAUUUUGAUUUUGUCAUAACAAAUUUAACGAGUUCAAUACGGACUAACCUAAUUUGCAUAGUUUUGCAUAAAUUAUAAGGCCUGCGUUUACAUUUCCCCCAUCAACAUGGCAACAGAGGCCGAAUUCACGAAGAAGAUUGAUUAUCAUUCAUUUUAGCGACGAUAAUCGCAUAGAAUUACUUUAUUUCGCUUUUUUUGUGCUACACCGCUUGGAAGAUUUCAAGAAUUCGCCGUACAUCAGCUUGAGAAGUUGCGUUUGGUGUCAUUUCGAUCGGUUGACAUUGGGAAGGAGUACAUUUUUCGACAACUUUUGGCUUCGCUGAUUAUUGUACCUGGUUUCUGAGGUAGAAAUGUCUGACGGGGAAGCUGAGAACGUGAGGGUGGCAGUUAGGGUCAGGCCAUUUAAUAAACGCGAGAAGGCCAGAAAUGCCACUUUGAUUGUUGAAAUGAAAGGUGAAUCAACAUACUUGACAAAUCCUGAAGAACCAGAGGAAGAACCAAGAAAGUUUACAUUUGACUUCAGCUACUGGUCCCAUGAUGGAUUUGAAGAACGAGAUGAUGGUUACUUGGCUCCUUCAAAGCCAAAUUAUGCUGAUCAGAUGAAAGUGUAUAAUGAUCUUGGUAAGGGUGUUCUAAAAAAUGCUUGGGAAGGAUUCAAUACGUCACUGUUUGCAUAUGGACAGACUGGUUCAGGGAAGUCAUGGUCAAUUGUUGGUUAUGGUGCAAACAGAGGUAUUGUGCCAAUAUUUUGUGAAGAGAUUUUUACAGGAAUAGAUGAGAAAAAGAAGGGUGGAGAUGAAGGACAGUAUGAGGUGCUGUUCAGCAUGCUGGAGAUCUACAAUGAGAAGGUGCGCGAUCUUUUGAACCCUUCCAAAAAUAAAGGAGGCCUGCGGGUUCGUCAACAUCCCAAGAAAGGUUUCUAUGCUGAUGGACUUAAGACUGUUGCUGUUAGUGAAUACAAGGACAUAGAACAGCGCAUGGAAGAAGGAACAACAAACAGGACUGUGGCAGCUACAAACAUGAAUGCUACAAGCAGUCGUGCACACACAAUAGUUGGCGUGACUUUUACCCAGAAGAGGAAGAACGAGGCCGGUGAAGAAACAGCUAAAACAUCUUUGAUCAACCUGGUAGACUUGGCUGGAAGUGAGCGUGCAGACUCUACUGGAGCUACUGGUGACAGAUUGAAGGAAGGAGCGGCCAUUAACCAAUCUUUAUCCAGCUUAGGAAAUGUUAUUGCAGCUCUUGUGGACAAAGCAAAUGGAAAGANAAUGUUUUUAAGACACAUUUUAUACUUCUUGAUCCAGAUUGCUGCCAUUAGUCCUGCGGACAUAAAUUAUGAUGAAACACUGUCAACUUUAAGAUACGCUGACCGAGCCAAGCAGAUCAAAACUACAGCCAAAGUGAAUGAGGAUCCAACAGAGAAGUUGAUCAGGGAACUGAAAGAAGAAAACGAGAAGCUCAUGGAAAUGUUGAAAAAGUCCCAAGCUGGAGAGGCUGUCAAGAUGUCGGCAGAUGACGAUGACGAUGAAGAUGGAACUAAUUGUCUUAAUUUCAAGAUGGCCCAAACAGAGCAGGCAACUCAAGACAUGAGCAAGAAUUGGGACGAAAGAGUAGCAGAAUCCAAACAAGACAUCAAGGACAAAGAUGCUGAGAAGAAGGAACGCCAGUCAACUCCUCAUCUCUGGAAUUUAAACCCUGACCCUCAGCUGACAGGAAUGAUUAUACAGAUCAUCAAACCUGGAGUCGUUAAAGUUGGCAACAAAAAAGCUGACCCACCGGCAGAUAUUGCGCUCACUGGGUUAAAUAUCCAGCAGCAACACUGUGAAAUCAAAAAUGAAGAUUCUAAAAGGAUCACCAUCAAGACGAUUGGCGAAGCGAAAGUCCUUGUAAAUGGAGAACCAGUAGAUGACGAUGAAGAAGAAGAACUACACCAUCUUGACAGAGUUAUGUUUGGCACAAGUCAUCUAUACGUCUUCCAUCAUCCCGCUGAAAUGCAGUCAUCUUCCCUAAAGCAGGCGGACAUUACAUAUGAAAUGGCACAGGAGGAGAUCGCAAAGAAUGCUGGUCUUGAUGUAGAUGAUCAGGAGUCCAAAGAAUUCUUUCCUUUUCAGUUGGACAUGAGGGAACAACUUAGUAUCACUGACUACAAAGGCAAAGAAAUCGGUUAUCUUAAUGUAGAAGUUGUGCCGUUAAAUGAAAAAGGAAGAGAAAUCACAGAAGAGGAUGACAUAUUUAUUGACGACCCUAGACAACUGGAAGGAAAGAAACUUGAUUUUGUGGUUCGUAUACAGAGCGCCAAGGGAAUUCCAAAACGAUACACGGAUGUCUAUUGCAAGUAUUCCAUGUAUCUUGAAGUGGACAUCAAGACAGAGGUCAUAUCUGGAACAAGGAAUCCGGAGUUUAACUUCGAGAGGAGGUUUACAUUUGAACAGUGUCCACCUAAGUUAAUCAAGUUUCUAAGGGAUGCGUCUGUCGUCAUACAACUCUGGGGCAAACAGGUUGUCGACAAGAAACCAGUCAACGUGGCGGCCAAAAAGGGCAAAAAUACCAAGGCAAUAAUGAGAGCAGAAACGUUGAAGAAGAACGUCUCCCUCAACCCAGCUGUGGUCAAAGGAAUGGCGGAGAUAGCGACACUGAAGAAACAAAAUAAACGGCUUCAGGACAAAAUGAAUAAUAUUCGCAAUCUGUGUGACAAGAAACAGUCGGAAGGCAAGAACAUUGUUUCGGUAUCCGAAGUACGAGCGGUCAUUGGAGAAACGAAUGCAAACACCCAGGCUGCUCCUGCCCAGGCCCCACCCGCCAAAGAGACAAGAAACAGUCAAUCAGACAGAGGCAACGCGACCGAAAGUAGCGCAUGCGUGGUCUUGUAGUUUGGUUUAAUCGUGCUAUGCAGCAUGAGCAAUUGUCUGGACACAAACACGUCUUUCCAAAAGACAUUCACGCCACAAUUUUUAGGGUAGAGAGGUUUUAGAAGCACAUAACGUACACGCAGACAUGGGACUCUCAAGUGUGACAAACCGGCCAAAAGUUGAAACGAAAAAACAAAAUGAAUGGUUGGUUUUAUUGUUCAUGUAGACAAAAAAAACAGUUGUGAAACAUAUCCAGGGCUUUUCAUAACCAGGUGUGAGUUGAUUAUGAGGGCAUCUCUUCUCAUUGGUUAAAGUGUUUUAAAAAUGGGUUUCAGUUGCGCCUGAUUGGUCAAUCCAGAGGCAUCUCCACUCUGACUGGUCUCUGAGUGGCUUAUCAACAGAAAACUCUACUUUGAUUGGUUGUAGUAUAUUUGCAACUGGGUUUGAGUUUCAUUUGAUUGGCCAGCCAAGAAGUAAGCCAGGCCGGAGUACCAACUGAUGAGUAAUCAAUGAAAUCCAAAUAAUUCGUCAAAACGCUGCUUCUACAAGCUGACGUGUAACAGUUGUUAAAUAAACUGCCUUUGUUCGACUCUACUCCUCUAUGUAAUUAGCAAUGCAGGUAGCACGGGGUUGCACGCUUUCACUCACGUGGUAAAACCGUGAUCACAUGCAUUACGUUUCUUUGGGGAACUCAGGCCCCGCGCGUCCACGUUACGCCGGAGGAAUUCAAAAACGCACCAAUCACCGGUCAGGGAAAUCACGUGAUUGUCGUGACGCCAGCUCUGUUUUCAAAAUGUUUUCUGUCCAAAUGAAAACGAAGAGCGGGAGUUUUUCAAUUCCUUCGGUUUGAAGAGCCUUUUCGAAAUGCGCCGUUUUCGUGACUGAUUAGUGUUGACCGUAAGCCUAACCGUAGAAAUAAAGUUACGUUUUCAAAUUCCUCCGACGUAGUGUGGACGCUGCCUCAAUAGAACGGUCUAACGUUUCCGUGAGAAAAUGAAUUGGUAGACACUUGGUAGAGAAGAUGUAAAUAACUACUUUUUUAAAAUAAAAAAACACGCAUACAUUUGUAA